AUGAUAUUAACCGUAUUCCUUAGCAACAAUGAACAGAUUUUAACAGAAGUUCCUAUAACACCAGAAACAACCUGUCGAGAUGUUGUUGAAUUUUGCAAAGAACCUGGAGAAGGCAGUUGCCAUUUAGCUGAAGUGUGGAGGGGAAAUGAGCGUCCCAUACCUUUUGAUCAUAUGAUGUAUGAACAUCUGCAGAAGUGGGGGCCACGGAGGGAAGAAGUGAAAUUUUUCCUUCGACAUGAGGACUCCCCAGCUGAGAGCAGUGAACAAGGUGGCCGUCAGACCCAAGAGCAAAGAACUCAGAGAAAUGUAAUAAAUGUACCUGGAGAAAAACGCACUGAAAAUGGGGUUGGGAAUCCACGUGUUGAACUUACCCUCUCAGAGCUCCAAGAUAUGGCAGCAAGGCAACAACAGCAGAUUGAAAAUCAGCAGCAGAUGUUGGUUGCCAAGGAACAACGUUUACAUUUUCUAAAGCAACAGGAGCGUCGUCAGCAGCAGUCUAUUUCUGAAAAUGAAAAGCUUCAGAAAUUGAAAGAACGAGUUGAAGCCCAAGAAAACAAGCUGAAGAAGAUUCGUGCCAUGAGAGGACAAGUCGAUUACAGCAAAAUUAUGAAUGGCAAUCUGUCUGCUGAAAUAGAAAGGUUCAGUGCCAUGUUCCAGGAAAAGAAGCAAGAAGUACAGACUGCAAUUUUAAGAGUUGAUCAGCUUAGUCAGCAGUUGGAAGAUUUAAAGAAAGGAAAACUGAACGGCUUCCAGCCUUACAAUGGCAAGUUGACAGGACCAGCAGCGGUGGAGUUAAAAAGACUGUACCAAGAGCUACAGAUUCGUAACCAGCUGAACCAGGAGCAGAAUUCAAAACUCCAGCAGCAGAAGGAACUCUUAAAUAAGCGGAACAUGGAGGUGGCCAUGAUGGAUAAGCGAAUCAGCGAGCUGCGUGAGCGUCUUUAUGGGAAAAAAAUUCAGCUGAACCGUGUGAAUGGCACGUCGUCACCGCAGUCACCCCUGAGCACGUCUGGCAGGGUUGCUGCUGUGGGGCCUUACAUCCAAGUUCCAAGUGCUGGAAGCUAUCCUGUCCCAGGGGACCCAAUAAAGCCUCAGUCUCUCUCUAUUGCCUCAAAUGUGGCCCAUGGAAGAUCCAAAUCCGCUAAUGAUGGAAACUGGCCAACAUUAAAACAGACUUCUAGCUCCUCAAUGAAACCAACGCAGACGCCCAGUGCAGACUGGAAGGACUCAAGCAUGGAGGGGGCUCUGAAGCCAGGCACCAUCUCCAGCCAGCCCUUGCCCUUAUCAGCACUAGGAGCCUCAGAGAAGCUGGGCAUCGAGAUUGGUAAAGUGCCACCUCCCAUACCUGGUGUAGGCAAGCAGCCGCCUCCAAGCUACGGGACAUACCCAAGUCCUUCGCCUCUGGGUCCAGGCUCAACAAGCUCCCUGGAGAGGAGAAAAGAAGGCAGCUUGCCCAGACCCAACGCAGGCCUGCCAGGUCGGCAGAAGCCUGCCCCACUGCCCCAGGCAGGCAGUGCCCCUCAGCCAGGCUCUUCGCAGCAAAUUCAGCAGAGGAUUUCUGUGCCGCCAAGUCCCACGUACCCGCCAGCAGGGCCACCUGCAUUUCCAGCUGGAGACGGCAAACCUGAGCUCCCACUGACAGUGGCUAUCAGGCCCUUUCUGGCUGAUAAAGGGUCAAGGCCACAGUCUCCCAGGAAAGGACCCCAGACGGUGAAUUCAAGCUCCAUAUACUCCAUGUACCUGCAGCAAGCCACACCACCUAAGCAUUACCAGCCGGCCGUGCACAGCGCCUCUAAUAAGUCAGUUAAAGCAGUGUAUGGUAAACCCGUCUUACCAUCAGGAUCUACGUCUCCAUCGCCGCUACCAUUCCUCCACGGGUCACUGUCCACCAGUGUGUCACAGCCUCAGCCAUCCUCAGAGUGUGCUGAGAAGGAGCUGGAGCAGGAGGGCCCUGCCCCAGCUGGAGACAGCAGUGGUGUGGAGAGCCUGCCACGGCCGCUCAGCCCCACCAAGCUCACACCCAUUGUGCACUCACCGCUGCGCUACCAGAGCGAUGCGGACCUGGAGGCCCUCCGCAGGAAGCUGGCCAAUGCUCCCCGGCCCCUGAAAAAGCGCAGCUCCAUCACAGAGCCCGAGGGCCCCGGUGGACCCAACAUCCAGAAGCUGCUGUACCAGCGCUUCAACACGUUGGCUGGCGGCAUGGAAGGCAACCCUUUCUACCAGCCCAGCCCCUCCCAGGACUUCAUGGGCACCUUGGCUGACGUGGACAAUGGAAAUACCAAUGCCAACGGAAACCUGGAAGAGCCCACCCCUGCCCCACCCACAGCCCCACUCCCUGACGAGCCUGCCCCGUCAUCAGAUGCCAAUGACAAUGAGCUACCUUCCCCUGAACCAGAACAGCUCAUCUGUCCCCAAACCAACCACCAAACUCCUGAGCCUGCAGAGGACAAUAACAACAACCUGGCCACAGUCCCCUCCACAGAACAAAUCCCAAGCCCUUUGACUGAGGCCCCAUCUCCAGGGGAAGAGCAAGUUCCUCCGGUACCUCUUCCCCCUGUUGUCCACCCUCCGGCAGCCUCCACGAGCAAACGCACUAACCUGAAGAAACCCAAUUCGGAACGCACAGGGCAUGGUCUGAGAGUCCGGUUUAACCCUCUGGCACUGCUCCUAGAUGCUUCUCUGGAAGGAGAGUUUGAUCUGGUGCAAAGGAUCAUCUACGAGGUGGAAGAUCCCAGCAAGCCUAAUGACGAAGGGAUCACCCCACUGCACAAUGCAGUGUGUGCUGGCCACCACCACAUCGUGAAGUUCCUGCUGGACUUUGGGGUCAACGUGAACGCUGCUGACAGUGACGGAUGGACGCCACUGCACUGCGCUGCUUCCUGCAACAGCGUCCACCUCUGCAAGCAGCUGGUGGAGAGCGGCGCCGCCGUCUUUGCCUCGACCAUCAGCGACAUUGAAACUGCUGCUGACAAGUGUGAGGAGAUGGAAGAGGGCUAUAUUCAGUGCUCCCAGUUUUUAUAUGGGGUGCAGGAGAAGCUGGGGGUGAUGAACAAAGGCAUGGUGUAUGCACUGUGGGACUACGAGGCCCAGAACGGCGACGAGCUAUCCUUCCAUGAAGGGGACGCCAUCACCAUCCUGAGGCGCAAGGACGACAGCGAGACCGAGUGGUGGUGGGCUCGUCUUGGGGACCGAGAGGGCUAUGUGCCCAAAAACCUGCUGGGGUUGUAUCCUCGGAUCAAGCCCCGGCAGCGCACGCUCGCCUGAACUUCCUCUGCAGCACCACAGUCCUUCCAGCUCCUGGGAGCUGCUGAAGACAUUGUUCUGCUGCCUCCGCAGGAAAGCUGAAGCUAGAAGUGGUUUCAAUGGUGCUCGCGUUAGCAGACCAUCCACAAUGUGAAUUCCUGCAGUUGCUAGGUGAGGCCCUUUUUCCAGUUUGCCCACAACUGGGAGAGGUAGUUUCGCCUCCAAGAGGACUGAAUUUUGCCAAUUACUGUAAAUCCAAAUAAACACUCAGCUUUCAAAACACCCA